AUGUCGCCACAAAUAGAGGCUAAAGCAAGUGUUAGGUUCAAAGCUGGUGUUAAAGAGUAUAAAUUGACUUAUUAUACUCCUGAAUAUGAAGUCAAAGAUACUGAUAUCUUGGCAGCCUUUCGAGUAACUCCUCGACUCAAAGUUCCGCUUAGGGAAGUAGGGGCCGCGGUAGCCGCUGAAUCUUCUACUGCUUACCCUUUAGACCUUUUUGAAGAAGGUUAUGUUACUAACAUGUUUACUUCCAUUGUGGGUAAUGUAUUUGGGUUCAAAGCCCUGCGCGCUCUACAUCUAGAGGAUCUGCGAAUCACUACUGCUUAUAUUAAAACUUUCCAAGGCCCCAAGGGUAGAUUGAUACAAUAUAAACCUCUGGUAAAAUGCCUUUCCCCGGUAACCCAGCGGAUAAAGUACAUUACAUAG